ACUUCCGGUUCUAGCGAACGUUUAUUCCGUGACCAGGGGAAACGGUAGCCAAGACAAUGCGGUUUUUACCCUUUUCCCGUCUGGGACGCGGGUCACGUUACGAGCCCUUUCAGCGCUACGUUCGCCGUCACCUUUCUUUGCGGCGUUUCUUUUCGCGAGAGAAAUAUGUGAGGGGUUGAAUAUCCGGAGUGCGUCUGGAUGGUGAUUGCUUAACCGUGGCAUCCCUUCCACACGAGACACUUUUAAAGAAGUGAUUUAGAUGAAGCUGACUGAUGGCUUAUAGCAAACAUAGUUAAGAGAAGAUCCUGGCGACUGGGCCAGGAUGGGACUUCCUUUCUUCUAAGUGAGACGUCAUCCUGGAGCUGAGUGAAAUGAUCGAGGAGUCAAGCGAGACUGGUCAAAGACACAACAGUCAACCCAUUUUAAAACGUCAGAAACCUAUCAGACCUUACAUCUGUUCCACUCUAGAUUUUCAAGAAGAGAGAGACUUUUUGGCCAAAAACAUCUUCCCUCAGCUUAAUGACUUCUGUGGCCCCCGGGGCACCUACUUCAAAGCUGUGGACCUGAGAUGGUCAUCCGUGAAGGCCCAUAGAUCCUUCACCAACAACCAGUUUCGACAGUACUCCUGUCUACACUCUCAGCAUCUGAAACUCUGCCUGGACUACGUGAACAGGUGCUUCCCGUUCUUCAUCUGCCUACUGGGGCAGACCUAUGGAGAUUUCCUCCCUGACUACACACCCUUUAUGUUAUCCAAAGUAAAGGACUUCGAAAGUUUAUCCAAGGGAGAGCAGAAUCUAUACGUUGCUGCCAAAAAUGGUUAUCCCUGGGUCCUGAAGACUCCCAACUGCAGCCUGACAGAGUUCGAGAUCAUCCAAGCAGCAUUUCGGAAGAAAUCUCAGUUUCAAUUUUUCUACUUCCGGACAACAAGCUCACUGCUGCAGACUUUCGGGGAGGAAGAAGAGGAGGAAGAAGAGAAGCUGUCCUCAGCUUAUCUGGUGAACAAACAGGGGAAAAUGAAAGUUGGGAAGCUCAAGGCUAAGAUCAUUGGGAAAGGGCUUCCCGUCAGAUUCUACAGAGACCUGGAGGAACUGGGUGAUAUGGUUUUCAAGGACUGGUCAGCUGUUGUGGAAAAGCUGUAUCCAUUCACAAUGAUCAUGGAAAAUAUAGACUACAAACACAGUUUUGAGAAUUUGUAUCAUGAAGAAUUUGCUGAGAACUGCAAGCAAGAUUUUGUUAUUUCCAAGGAGUCAAACAGAACCUUUGAAAUAUUGGAAAGAUUUGCUAUCAAAGAUCUCGAACUUGACUCUGACAGUACUCUAGCAGGUUCGGGGUUAGACUCCAUCCUCAGAAUUAAUUCCCUUCCGACUUGUAAGUCCAUUUUGCUCUUGUCUGGGGAACGCGGCUGUGGGAAGUCCACUCUGAUUGCCAACUGGGUCAACGAUUUCAAAAGCAGACACCCCGGAGUGCUGAUGAUCCCAUACUUUGUAGGAAGUACGUGUGAGAGCUGUGACAUCAUGUCCGUGAUCCACUACUUCAUCAUGGAACUUCAGCACAGAGCCAACGGUCCCCAGCUUGAAAUGGAUUUCCUUAAUGAAGACUCCAAUGUCUUGGUCUUUUCACUUCUCAUAGAAGUGUUCAUGGCCGCCAUCAGCUUAAAGCCAUGCAUCCUCGUACUGGAUGGGAUCGAGGAGCUGAUCGGCAUUUAUGGGAUUUCAGGUCAGAAGGCUAAAGAUUUCUCCUGGCUGCCGCGCUCGCUGCCUCCGCACUGUAAGUUCAUUCUGAGCAGCGUCUCCUCCAGUCUGUCCUGCAAGUCGCUGUGUGCCCGCCCUGACGUGAAGACCGUGGAACUCAACAGCAUGGGGGACGAAGACACAAAGUUCAGCAUCUUCAGGCAUCACCUUUCCGCUGCUGACCAAGAACGCUUUGGGCAGAGCAAGCCUGUUUUGAGGAAGAAACCAAACCUGAACCCUCUGAAGCUAACGAUCAUCGCCAGGGAGCUGCAGGAAUGCAGAAUCUACCGCAACGAGUUCCAGUGUCUGCGGGAGUACUUGGAGGUUGCCUCUGUGCAGGAGCUCUGGGAGUUGAUUCUGAAGCGCUGGGUUGAAGAUUAUAGUUGGACUUUGAAGCAUAAAGAGACAACAGUAGACACCGUGAUUUCAGGGCCUAGUGGCUGGGUGGUGGACGUGCUCUGCUUGCUCUGCAUCUCCCAUUGCGGGCUAGCUGAGGAUGAACUGCUCCAGCUUUUGGACAUGAUGGGCUACAGGGACCACCAAAAAGUGACGGCGGUGCACUGGGCAGCCUUCCGCAAUGCCACCAAAACCUGGAUCCAGGAGAAGCCCAAUGGUCUCCUUUACUUCCAGCACCAGUCCCUACGGAACGCGGUGGAGCACAAGCUGCUGGGUGUAACCACUCCGGUGAGAGAGAGCAAUCCAAAUGUGGCCCAGAACACCAUGAAUCACAAGAAGGCACAUUUCCACCAGGUCCUGAUGAGGUACUUCCAGCGGCAAACCAUUUUCUGGAGAGUGUAUCAGGAACUGCCGUGGCACAUGAAGAUGAGCGGGUAUUGGGAAGGUCUAUGUGGCUUCAUCACGAGCCCCAGCAUCACAGAUUUCAUAUCAAAAAUCCAAAACCCGAGUCUGUGGACCAGGCUGCAUCUUGUGCACUAUUGGAGUGUGCUGCUGGAAGCUGGCAGUGACGUGUCUGAGGCUUUUCUGCUCUCUGUUGCCAAGAUAGAAGCGGAACACUCCCAGAAAGUCAAGAAGCGAGCCACACUCUCAGUGCUGGAAUGCAGCCUGUCCGAGAUCACUGCUGCUGAUAAAGGCAGAAUGAUCCUCUUUAUUGGAAGUUUCCUGAAGCUUAUGGGCAAGAUCAAUGAAGCAGAAAAGCUGUUCUUGAGUGUGGAGGACAUGCUACUUCAGAGCCCCUCCAUGACAGAACUGCUCCUCAAAGCUCAGAACGCCAUCGGAGAGUUAUAUCUUGAGAUCGGGAUGACCCAGAAAGGACUCACGUAUUUUCAGAAAGCUUGGUCAAAUCUGCUGCGGUUUACACUCAGCGACCUAAAAAUCAGCCAGGAGUUGAUGAAGCAGAAAGUCAAAGUGAUGAAUAACCUGGCAAAAUCAGCGUCUGAGGAAUUCUUAAAAGAAAAUCAUGUUCUGGAAUAUGCCACUGAAAUCUCUAAGUAUGUGACUGAUAAUCCCCGUGAUCAAGCUACCAUGAGAUAUACUGAAGGUGUUCUCAUGUUGGCUUCUGGAAACGCGGCCCUUGCAAAACUCAAGUUUCAGGAGUGUUUAAAUAUCAGAAGACGGCUAUUUGGCAAUAAAAACAUACUAGUUGGAGAAAUUAUGGAAUUCUUAGCAGAUUUGCUAUUUUUUCUACUAGGAGAAAAUGAAAAAUCUCAAAGGAAGCAAGCAAUUGAAUAUUACAAACAAGUAAUAAAAAUCAAGGAGAAGGCAGAUACUGUGGCCACCUGCAAGCUUGUCAGGAAGCAUCUGAACAUAAGUCUCAGUGAUACCUUAUGUAAACUAGCAGGCCAGCUGUUGUCAGGUGACUUCUGCCAUCAUGCCACAAUGGAGGCAGUCAGCUAUUUGUAUAGGUCACUUGAUUUAAGGGCAGCUCACCUGGGGCCAUCCCAUGCUUCUAUUGAGGGAAUACUACACCUUCUAAGGGAAAUCCAGAGGUCCCGAGGCAGGAGGUCUUGGCCUCAAGGCAUGAACCAGCUAUACCCUGAAGGUUCUAGAUAUGGCUUUUCAUUAUGGGAGAAUUUGCCUAAAUUAAACUUCAACAGCGCUCAGAAUUCUGACACAGUGAACACUGCAAUGUGCAUGAAUAUACGUAGGUUUCAGAGAGCUAAAAGCACAGAGAGUGCUCUGGUUUUAGAUAAACCAAAAUACGCUCCCGGCAGAGGGAAGAAGACCUUGGCUCCAAUUCUGAGCAUGUCUGCUGAGGAAAAGUUCCAACAGAAGGCUCCAAAUUCACAAUUACGGAAUAGUCUAAGAAAGCAACCUCCAAGGAAAAGGGCAGUCUGUCCCCUUAAGACACACUCUCUUAUUGACAAAAACGGCUUGGUGAGACUCUCAAGGCAGAGGGUUUCUUCUGCUGAUUUGGGGAAUGGAAAUGGCCUAAUCACUUCCAUUUACCGUCAACCCCUGCGGGCAUCUCUUAGUGCAGAUAAUCCCUGGAAGUCCAUAUCGGAACUCAUCUCAGAAAAAUGGCUCUUCCACACUCCGGAGUACUGCUUCACUCCUCAGAAGCCGGUCAUCCCAAGAAGAUAUCAAAUUGAAACAAAAUUGCUGAAGACCUCAGAUGACCCGGAUAAGGAAUAAAAAUAAUGUUGGGCUGUUUUGU